CACUCGCCGGAGUCACCGUAUCGAAUUCUGUUAUCAGAGCUGACCAGGAACUGCUGUGAAGAGGGGCAGUGCUGGUUCAGGUCGCCCAGGAUGACGGGUUUGUGUAGGAGUGGCAUUGAAUUUGGAUGCCAUUUCCUUGUGCUUAUGCUGCUCCAUCUCGGCGUGCGCGAAUUAUUCCUGAACGAGACAGAAAUUACAUGGGAGCGUGCUGAAAGUGGGCGGCUCAUGUCCUCCAUUCUUCACCGUUAUGCUCCGAGGUGGAAGCUUCGGACUCCUACGCCUUCUGGGUCUCGUUGCGAUGACGAAAUGAGGCCGCUGGAAAAUUUCUAUCGUCCAGAAAACGUAGUGGCACUUUUAAAUCAAACGGCGCCGCUGCGGUCGCUGAAGGAGCUGUGUCGCCUCUCCAUCCGCGCCUCCCUUUUGCCUGGGACCGUUGAUACGGGCUACGUCUACGGCUACACUGAUGCGACUACGUCGUCAACUGCCUGA